CCUAGACAACUUUUUGUCAAAGUUGUCAAAAUUUUACGUUUUCAAUUUGUUUUCAGCGACUUUGUUAUUAUGUUAAUUUAAGGAAUACAUUCAAUUAAAGCAUUUUAGAGGGGAAAGUUCCUGUUGCUAACCGGGGCUGACAUUCCAAGCAAAAAAUGUAUUUCUCCUCUAUCAGCUCCCGGUUACUGCUAUACGAUACCAACAGUUGGGAUUUGAAAAAAAGUUACUGGUGUUAUGAAGGCAUUUUGCGGGAUAUAUCUUGGAGUGAUGAUAGCAAAUAUUUGUUGCAGGUCAACUCUAAAGGUGUAGUAGAAAUAUUAAGCCCAGCAGAUCAUGACAUCAGAACUUUACAACAUAUUCCACUCAAAGACACCUGGUCAGCUAGUUUCCACCGAGAAGGUCACCGCAAUAUUGCCAUUGGCACCAGAAGUGGCAAUGUCAUGAUAUGGGACACUAAGAAUAAAAGUAUAACUAAAACAUUCCCUACACCAUCUCAACAAUCUUGUGUUAAUUUUGUUAGUUAUAAUGCCAAGAAUACUAGCCUUGCUGCUUCAAUGCAAAAUGGUGAUACUGUCAUCUAUGGUCUAGUGUCUAACAUUCCCGUGUUAACAGUGAAGCUUGCCAGCUCCAAGAGUAUCUCUGCAAUGAAAUUCCAUCACGAAUCUCGUUCCCUACUUGGUCUUGCCACUGAUGAAGGUCAUGUUGUGAUUCGUGACAUAACCACUAAUAAGGACAAAGCCUUCUUUGAAAAUGUCCAUGCUUCACCUGUCAGUGAUAUUGCCUACUCUCUUAUUAACAGAGAUGUCAUGCUCUCUAGUGGUUAUGAUAAGAUCAUGCAUGUCUAUGACAUGAGAUUACAGAAUGUUGUUUCAACUACUAGGACUUCCUACACUUUAACCUCCUUGGCAAUAAAUACUGAUAAUCAAGUUGCCCUUGGAACCAAGAAUGGUAUAGUACUGUUGUAUGAUCUUAGGGACCUAACAACUCCUCAUAGAGUACUAAAGGGGCAUGAGGAAGAAGUCCAUAAAGUUUCCUUCCAACCUAUAAGGAAGAAACUGGUUUCAGCUGAUAUAAGCCUUCGAGAGGAUACAGAAAUGAAUCAUUCUCCACAUAAAAUUAACUCCCCUGUGAGGCACAGGACUUCUGACAUGUUCUUCAUAUCUGAUUCGCCACCAAGAAACAAUCUGGAUAUUUCACCACAAGGUGACAAUAAAGCUGAUUCUUUUCUUGUCAUGAUGGGCCUUGAUAAAUCAAAUGAUUAUGAAGAAGAUGGAAAUAAAUCCUCAGAGUUUGAGAGGAAAAGUGACAGGCAUGAAUUAAGAUACCGCCAAUUGGAUUCUGAAAAAAAUAUAAGUAAAGUGUCUACACCAGUGAACAGCAGGGUUACUGAGAACUUGGUUUUCCCAUCACCUAUCUUGGUAAAUGGUGUUCCAGAUGAUGGACGGGGUUCCAAUGUCAAUAUGUCUAAUCUGAGGCCUGUGAGCAAUUCAAACCAAGCUUUAGCUAUGGAGACAAAGGCUGUUGAAGAACUGAAAGAUUUUGUAAAGUUGACUCUUGCAGAUGUAGCUGAUGAUAACAGGAACUAUUUCCUCCACAUUAUGAUGGCUCUCACUAAGCAGAAGUUGUAUCUAGAGAAGCAACUGACAGGCUUGAGUGAGCAAAUGCAGAAUAUGAUGCAUAAUCAAAAUGCUUUAGUUGAAACAAAUAGAAAACUGGCAUUAGAAAUUGAUCAGCUGAAAGCAAGACAGAGUUAUUUAUAAUUUGGUAAUGAACCUUCAAAAUUCGUAUUUCAAUGUGUAACUGGUGUAGUGUUGCCAGUUGAUUAGUUAUAGUAAAAUUUGUCUGUUUAGGUCUAUUUGAAAUGUUGUCAAAAUAAUAAUUCAUUCCAAUAUUGAUAGAAAAUGACUGGCAUCACUAGACAAAUACACAAAAGCGGUGUUAUGUUGGUGCUCUUCUUGCCCACAUGCAUAAUAUCUUCAAUUACUGAGAUUAAGUAAAUCUGUAAUAAUGUUAACUCCUUCAUGCUCUAAUAAUUCUAAAUGAAUACUCUGUAUUAGCUUAAAAAAAAUAUCUGAAUCUCAAAAUAAAAAUAACAAAAAAAAGUUGUAAAUUCUAGAUAACCAUGAAAUUGUAUCACAAAUGUAAAUUAUGUUGAGCAAUUAUAUAAAUUGUUGUAAUGACUGAAAUAAAAAGGGAAUAAGCAUUCCUAAAAAAUACAAAUAGUGCCAAAUCUAUUUUGUAUAAUAAUAAUGAAUUUGCUUGUUAAAAACAGCAUGAAGUUUUAAUAAGCUAGUUAUCUGUGCCAUUAGAAAAAUAUUAUGUUUUGCCAGAUGUUUACUUACCAGUAUUUUAUUAGUGGACAAUAAUAUCAAUUACAUUUUAGUGUAUUCAAACUCGAAUGCUGUGGAUGUUUGCAUUUCGUUGUUGUUAAUUUGUUUGUUAAUAGUUACUUAAGUAGAUGUGGAUUCAAUAAACCAUUUUCUAACA